AUGCCCUGCAUCACUGGUGCAUCUUUUCUUGAUAUGCACAAUCGCUUAGUGCUUGAUGAAUUACUGUAUGACAGAUUGUUUUUGGUUGAAGAACAUAAAAGACUAAUGAGUUCCCUUACAGAUGAGCAAAAAGUUGUCUAUGACAAGAUAAUUUCAGCAGUUUCAGUGGGUACAAGGGGAUUCUUUUUUCUAUACGGAUUUGGUGGUACAGGAAAAACAUUUAUUUGGAAUACAUUGUCAGCAUCCAUUAGAUCAAAAGGAGAAAUUGUACUUAAUGUUGCUUCUAGCGGGAUUGCAUCACUUUUGCUUCCUGGAGGCCGGACAGCACACUCUAGAUUUCGUAUUCCAAUUCAGAUCACUGAGGAUUCAACCUGUAAUAUACGGCAGGAUUCUAAUAUUGCCGAAUUGCUGGCGAAAACAAAGCUAAUCAUCUGGGAUGAAGCUCCAAUAGUACACAGAUUUUGCUUUGAGGCUCUAGACAAAACACUUAGAGAUGUUCUUAGAUUUUCUGAUUCAAGUUGUGUUGAUAAACCAUUUGGUGGGAAAGUUGUUGUUCUUGGGGGUGACUUCAGGCAAAUCUUACCUGUUGUUCCUCAUGGAAGCAUACAAGAUAUAGUCCAUGCAACCAUUAAUUCUUCUUGUCUUUGGUCUCAUUGUCAUUUAUUAACUUUGACCAAGAACAUGCGGCUUAGUUCUGGAAGUGACAUUCACAAUUUAAUGGAAAUAAAGGAAUUUUCUUAUUGGCUUCUUAAAGUCGGGGAUGGUGUUCUUGGAGAUGAUGUGGAUGGAGAAUUUAUUAUAACAAUUCCAGAUGAAUUAUUGAUUAAAAAAUCAUUGAAUUCACUUUCAGAUUUGAUGGAUUUUGUGUACCCUGAUAUCUUGGAUCAUAUUUUAGAACCCACAUUCUUUAAAGAAAGUGCCAUUCUGACUCCAAAAUUGGCAGAUGUUUCUAUUUUAAAUGAGAACUUAAUGUCUUUGAUUCCAGGUGACGAAAGAAUAUAUUUAAGUUCAGAUAAUAUUUUGAAGCAAGACAAUAAUUCUUCCCUUGAGGAUGAUGAAUUCUCACCUGUGAUCUUAAAUACCUUCUCCUGUUCUGGGCUUCCGGAUCAUAAAUUAAUUUUGAAGGUCAAAGUUCCAGUCAUGCUAUUAAGAAAUAUUGGCCAAUCAAGAGGUUUAUGCAAUGGAACAAGAUUGCUUAUUACAAGAUUAGGCAAUCAUAUGGUUGAGGCAACUGUUCUUACAGGAAGCAAUAUAGGAGAAAAUGUGUUAAUCUCUAGAAUGACAAUGAGCUCCUCAAGUCAUUCUUUUCCUGUAAAUUUCCAAAGAAGACAAUUUCCCCUCGUCGUUUCGUUUGCCAUGACAAUCAAUAACAGUCAAGGACAAUCGCUUUCUCAUGUUGGAAUUUAUCUACCCAGGCCAGUCUUUAGUCAUGGGCAAUUAUAUGUGGCACUAUCCCGAGUAAAGAGCAAAAAGGGAUUGAAGAUUUUGAUAGUUGAUGAUGAUGGUUGUGUAACAAACAGUACCUUUAACAUAGUCUACAAAGAAGUAUUUCAGAGAUUACUGUAA